AAAAAAAUAUCUAUGGUCCCCAUACUUGUAUUAUUUUGUGAUUACAAGAUUCUCCUAAUCUUAAUUAAUAUUUUAUCAUCUUUACUCCUUUGUCGUUACUUAUUUUAUAAUGAGCAAAGUUAACGUAUUUGCGAAUGGACAUUUUGUUCUAUUUUCAAAAUAUGAACCAGAUAAUGGCUGAAGCAAUUAGACUAAGUGUGCCACUGUGCAAACACGAGGUUACUAAAAAUAAAGGAUGCACUCCAACAUCAAGAUUGCAGGAAUGAAAAGUUAAUUCCAGACUGCAACUACAGAAUUUUUGUCAUCGGGGAUUACGAGCAUAAUAUGGCCACUAUGGGUUAGUUAAUUUGGGUGAAGGACUGCGCAGUACGCAUGUCCGACUACCAAAAAUUGCACGUACGACGUACCUCUUAAAUGAGAUAGUCACAGACUGGUUCGACCCGAUCGCAGUGCAAUGACCGGAACCAGCCCGGGGCAACCGCCAUCCUGAUCACGGUACACCCUACGCAAGUUCGUUCAAUGGGCACAAUGCGGCGAAGGUCUGGUCACGGCGGCCCCGACGGUGUUGUGGGCGGUUGGCGCCGUGCUGCUGGCGCAGAGAAUGAUCGCAGCCUUGUUCAGACGUUUCGCGUUCCGUAGGAUUCCGUUUUGGGAGCUGGUUUUGCAAAAUCUCCUCUUCCUGUGGAUGGUGAUCUACAGCUUACAUUUCUGGGCGGUGCUGGUGAAAAUCGCGAAAGCUGUAGUCGAAUAUACUUAUACAAAUCGUGAUAACAGUGUCGGUCCAGAAGACGCCGAGAGCUGUCAGCUCAUGCAACUGUGGGUCGUGUGGAUGCUCGCGGCUGGACCCCUGGCUUAUUAUCUGUACACGAGAGCGAAGCCAGAGAGUCAGCCACUCAUGAUAUGGAUCACGACGAACCCGUGGCAGCGCCGCGAGAUGGGCCCGUACGGCUACUACCUGAACCGGCCGCCCUCCGCGGAGCGUCGCCCGAGCGACUCCGGACAGCGGCCCUGCGCCCUCCGCCGGGCCCUCAGCGACUCCACGGUUAUCAGAGACGGGCCCAGAAAAAAACGAUACUCCAAGUCUGUGUAGUUCAAUAAACUUUGUGUCGGUUAUUGGAGUUUUAUUCCAAC